AGCCGCGUGCGCUUUGCGACAGAGCCGUAAAGGUGCGCGGAACUAUGGCGGUGUACGCUGCUGCGGCAGGCGUCCUGGCAGGCGUGGAGAGCCGCCAGGGCUCCAUCAAGGGGCUGGUGUACUCCAGCAACUUCCAGAACGUGAAGCAGCUUUACGCACUGGUGUGCGAGACGCAGCGCUACUCCGCGGUGCUGGACGCGGUGAUUGCCAGCGCCGGCCUCCUCCGCGCGGAGAAGAAGCUGCGGCCGCACCUGGCCAAGGUGCUAGUGUAUGAGCUGUUGUUGGGGAAGGGCUUUCGAGGCGGUGGGGGCCGAUGGAAGGCUCUGUUGGGCCGGCACCAAGCAAGGCUCAAGGCUGAGUUGGCUCGGCUCAAGGUUCAUCGGGGUGUGAGCCGGAAUGAGGACCUGCUGGAAGUGGGAUCCAGGCCUGGUCCAGCCUCCCAGCUGCCUCGAUUUGUCCGUGUCAACACUCUCAAGACCUGCUCCGAUGAUGUAGUUGAUUAUUUCAAGAGAAAAGGUUUCUCCUAUCAGGGUCGGGCUUCCAGCGUUGACGACCUCCGAGCCCUCAAGGGGAAGCAUUUUCUCCUGGACCCUUUGGUGCCGGAGUUGCUGGUGUUUCCCGCCCAGACAGAUCUACAUGAACACCCACUGUACCGGGCUGGGCACCUCAUUCUGCAGGACAGGGCCAGCUGUCUCCCAGCCAUGCUGCUGGACCCUCCGCCAGGCUCCCACGUCAUUGAUGCAUGUGCUGCCCCGGGCAAUAAGACCAGUCACUUGGCUGCUCUUCUGAAGAACCAAGGGAAGGUCUUUGCCUUUGACCUGGAUGCCAAGCGGCUGGCGUCCAUGGCUACUCUGCUGGCCCGGGCCGGCGUCUCCUGCUGUGAGCUGGCUGAGGAGGACUUCCUGGCGGUCUCCCCUUCAGAUCCGCGCUACAGUCAGGUCCGCUACAUCCUGCUGGAUCCUUCCUGCAGUGGCUCGGGUAUGCUGAGCAGACAGCUGGAGGAGCCUGGUGCAUGCACACCUCGCCCGGCGCGCCUGCAUGCGCUGGCAGGGUUCCAGCAGCGAGCCUUGUGCCACGCGCUCACUUUCCCCUCCCUGCAGCGGCUCGUCUACUCUACGUGCUCCCUUUGCCAGGAGGAGAAUGAAGAUGUGGUGCGAGACGCCCUGCAGCAGAACCUGGGCGCCUUCAGGCUAGCUCCUGUCCUGCCUACCUGGCCCCACCGAGGCCUGAGCAGGUUCCCAGGUGCGGAGCACUGCCUACGGGCCUCCCCAGAGACCACACUCAGUGGUGGCUUCUUCGUUGCUGUAAUUGAACGGGCUGAGGCACCGAGCUCAGCCUCACAGGUUGAAGCAUCGGCGCCAGAAUGCACACCCGGCCCAGCCCCAAAGAGAAAGAAAAGACGGCGACAAGCCACAGCUGGUGCUUACACGCUGCCUGGCACAUAGCAGGGGCUCCGGGCUGCCUCCUUCCUGGUGGGAAAGGAAGACGCCUGUCCUCUCCAUGGAGGGCCCUGGGCCUCACCGCAGGCAGCAGAUAGGCUACUGGGUCCCUGCCUUGGGCUGUGUUCUUGCUAGCGAGAAGUGUUGCCCACAGAAAUAAAACGCAGAGCGUGUUCUAUGAUAGAUCACAGUUUUUAUUCUUAGUGACAUAAGCAGGAGAAAAAUCUCACAUUCAUACUAAAAAUUCCAGCUAGACUCAACAGGAAUGAAGUCUUUAUCUGUAAGGAAAGUUCCAGCCUCCCACUCCUGUCCAGUGUACAUACUGUACACAUCCACAUUCACGCUCGGGGUUCCCGGACUGGCUGGCCUGCCUGUGGAACUGAGGUAAACUAGCUCAGGUACUGAAACUAGAGGGUCUACCUUAUGUAAGGUGCAGGUGGAAGCUUGAUUUCUAGGCCUGGGCCCACCCCGACCCUCCAGUCCUAACAGGUAUUUGGGCUUAAGGUUCGCUCCCCCCUCAGCUGCACACACAGCCAGGCAUGAACAAGGAUCAGAGCUGUUCUGAGGGCUGGCAGGAGCGUCCCUGCCACCGAACACUCACCCUCAGUCACCACGGGGAGGGGCCACCGGUUACAUCUACAUCACAUUAUUUAUAAAAUAAGAAUUACAGUUUAUAUAACGUGGCCAGAAGGGGCUCAAGUCCCUCAGAAAGCUGCCUGGGACAGCAUCUGAGCCUCUUCUUCACACAGGCAUAACUUAACUAUACAGCUAAUUCCUAGUCAAUAGCAUUUAUACUUAACCACCUCAAUGAACCAAGCUUGAAGGAAUUUAAAAGGCAAUUUAGCUUAAAUAUAAAAAUAAAUUUUUGUUAAAAAAUGUUUA